AUGGAGUUUCUUUUCAACAAUGCACCUGAGGCCGCCAGAUGGCUGAAGGAUAACUCUGAGUUGUCUUUUGAAGAAGAAUAUAGGUCUGAUAGAAGCUCUUGGUUGGCUCUGUACCCUGUCCCGUUCUUGUUCUCUGGAAGUUUAAAAUUUCAGGCACAAACUGAAGAGAUUAGAAAGUAUUACCAGCGUUUCCCUCAGUUAGCUGUUCAGGAGAUCUGGGAUAACAAUGGGCAGCGAAGGGUGCAUCUCAAACUUUCACUUGGGUAA